AAAAUGCCACACUUGGGAUCACAAGCUCGGUGACGAAGUCCAUAUCGUCAUCGGAGACUGUCCUUUUCUUCUUUCAACUGGUGAGCAACACCGACUGCUCUUCCUAUGUUUGUCAGUGUCUGUGUAAUUUUCAGGAAAGGUGAAAGAGGAUGGCCAUAGCUGCCCCCGGACAGCUUAAUCUCAACGAGUCGCCGUCAUGGGGAUCACGGAGUGUCGAUUGUUUCGAGAAACUCGAACAGAUUGGCGAAGGAACUUAUGGUCAAGUUUACAUGGCAAGAGAAAUAAAGACAGGUGAAAUUGUUGCUUUGAAGAAAAUACGCAUGGACAAUGAGAGAGAAGGGUUCCCUAUUACUGCCAUUCGUGAAAUCAAAAUCCUGAAGAAGCUGCACCAUGAAAAUGUAAUUAAUUUGAAAGAAAUAGUGACAUCUCCAGGUCCUGAGAAGGAUGAGCAGGGAAGGCCAGAUGGUAACAAGUAUAAAGGUGGCAUUUACAUGGUUUUCGAAUACAUGGAUCAUGAUUUGACAGGUCUUGCUGAUCGUCCUGGAAUGAGAUUUUCGGUAGCCCAGAUUAAGUGCUACAUGAAACAGCUUUUGACAGGACUACAUUAUUGUCAUGUAAAUCAAGUACUUCAUCGCGAUAUUAAAGGCUCUAAUCUUCUAAUUGACAACGAGGGUAAUCUGAAGCUUGCAGAUUUUGGGCUUGCCCGAUCAUUCUCGAAUGAUCAUAAUGCCAAUCUCACAAAUCGUGUUAUUACUCUAUGGUAUAGACCUCCAGAGCUGCUGCUUGGGGCAACAAAAUAUGGUCCUGCUGUUGAUUUGUGGUCUGUUGGUUGUAUUUUUGCUGAACUUCUCCAUGGAAAACCAAUUUUCCCCGGAAAAGAUGAGCCCGAGCAACUAAAUAAGAUUUUUGAGUUAUGUGGUGCUCCGGAUGAGGUCAAUUGGCCUGGCGUUUCCAAGAUUCCUUGGUAUAACAACUUCAAGCCGACAAGACCAAUGAAAAGACGCCUCAGGGAGGUGUUCAGGCAUUUUGAUCGUCAUGCUUUGGAGCUUUUGGAGAGGAUGCUAGCUCUUGAUCCCUCUCAGAGAAUAUCUGCCAAGGAUGCACUUGAUGCAGAGUAUUUUUGGACUGACCCUCUACCUUGUGACCCUAAGAGCUUGCCCAAAUAUGAGUCAUCCCACGAGUUCCAGACAAAGAAGAAGCGCCAACAGCAGCGACAGCAUGAAGAUGCUGCAAAACGUCAAAAGCUACAGCACCCACAGCAGCAUACCCGUGUUCCGCCUGUUCAGCAGUCUGGGAAAGGACAUCCUCAAAUGCGGCCAGGACCUACCCAACCCAUGCAUGGUUCUCACCCACCUGUAGCUGCAGGGCCCAGCCAUCAUUAUGGGAAGCCUCGUGGACCUCCUGGAGGUCCAGGUAGGUACCCUAACCAACCAAAUCGUGGAGGUCAAGGCGGUGGUGGAGGCUAUGGUAGUGGGCCAUAUCCUCAAGGGCGAGGCCCACCCUAUGGGUCAAGUAGCAUGCCUGGUCCACGGGGUGGAGGUAGCAGCAACUAUGGAGUUGGCGCUCCAAAUUAUCCUCAAGGCGCUCCAUAUGGUGGCUCAGGUCCUGGUCGUGGCUCAAACAUGAUGGGUGGAAACCGCAACCAACAGUAUGGCUGGCAGCAAUAAUAGCACGCGAUGGAUUCGUUGAUAAUAGAUACUUGAAUCACCUGAAACAAGUGAAGAAGAAGAGAUACAUUAGUCUGCUGGACUGGGAAAUGCAAAAGUUGUCCUGCCCCAAAAAUGUAGAACGUCCUGUUGCUGUGCUGCAGUGACUGUUAAGCAUGCUUUGUAUUUUAUGUAUUCAGGGCUUGUUCCUGUCCUAAGCAAGCCAACAAUAGCCACCCUUUGGCUUUUGUAAUACAUGCAUUCUUUUAUCUGCGUUGUCCUUGAUGUUGUAAUUUCAGCUUCAUGAGAUCUAGCUUUGUACUUGCCAGCUACUGUGAAAUGACAAGUUUUUUUGUGUGUGA